GGACCGUCCGGAAGAUACCCCGGAUCUUGAGGGAGAACCGACAUCCGCGGGACAGAACCGUGCCGGGGAGAUGCAGUCGGCUGUGAAACGCUAUUACAAUAUUAACAAGAUCCUCAUGUCGAAACUCGGCGGCUGGCCGACGCAGAGCAGAUUUAUGAAGAUAUUGUUGCCGACCGUAAUAACAUCAUUUAUUUUCAGCGUCGGCUUUCUCGAGUUUGUAAGACUCUCUGAAACGUGGAAAAGCAUUACCGAGGACUGCGAAUGUUUCAUCACGGUGCUGAUUACAAUCGGCGGUUACAUCAAAUUAUACAUCAUAGUUCUCAAUAACAAAAGCAUAGGACGACUGCUGUCGCUCAUCGACUAUCACUGGCGCGUUUUCACGCAUACGCUGGAGGUGCAAAUUAUGCACGAGUACGCUAUCGUAGGAAGAAAAAUGGCGAUAAGUUACGCCGUGAUGAUUUAUUCAUUGAUGAGCCUUUACAUGCUGAUCCCAGUAACGCCGCAAUUAUUGGAUGUCCUUAUGCCUCUCAAUAAAUCGCGCCCGUACAAAUACCUGUUCGAUAUCGACUACAGCUUCGACAGAGAGGUGUAUUACUAUCCUGUGUUACUCCACUCGUACUUGACGACUGUGGUGACUAUGAGCGUCAUGGUAAUAACCGAUACGAGCUACAUGUCGCUCGUGCAACACGCGUGCAGCCUCUUCGCCGCUAUCGGGUGCCGAUUGGAAAAUCUGACCUCGAAGGUGAGUCCAAAGAAAAGUAGCCGUCCCGUUGAGGAUGCAAAUGUAAUUUGUAAAAAGCACAAAUCGCGAGAUGACGAGAUCUAUCGCGAACUGGUGCUCCUCUUGCGGAAGCACCAGCUGAGCCUUCAAUACGUCCGUCUGUUGGAUUCCCUGUUCGAACUGUAUGCGUUUUUGUUGCUGUUUAUUACUAUCAUCGUUACGAGCCUCCUCGGAAUUCAAAUAAUUGCCUUAAUGAAUCGUAAAGAAGAGAUGAUCAGAUAUGUAUCGAUGUGCAUAGGUGCUUUCAUACAUCUCUUCGUUUUGAGUUAUCCCGGCCAGAGGAUAAUGGAUCAUAGCUCAGACGUAUUCCACAAAGCGUACAACAUGCUGUGGUACAAAACGUCGCGAAAAACGACACGGCUGUUGAGCAUAUUACUUUACAGGUGUCUCGUGCCUUGUACGUUAACGGCCGGUAAAAUAUACGUGCUAUCGAUGGCGAAUUACGCUUCGAUGAUGCAGGCGUCCGUGUCUUAUUUCACCGCCCUUUCAUCGUUCAGGUAAUUUGCGGUGAAGAGAAACGAAGAGAGAUAAACGAUAAAAUUAGCAAUUUGAGUGAGUUUCCAUCAUGGAUACAUAAAAUUCUAAUUGCAA